AUGCGCCUGACGUACAACCUGCGCCGCUACCACAAGAUCAGGAAAACACCUCGUCCCGGCUUAUCCAAAAUCCUGGCGGAUAUCGAGGAAGAUCCAGCUUCCGACAAGGCCCGCUCUAGUCAGUUGAAUUUGCGUCGCCGAAAAAGCAACAUUUCCAAAAGCUCAGCAGAAGCAGAAAUCCGUCGAGGAUCGAAGAAGUCCAUGAAAAACCAGAAGCUGGACGUUCGGAACUUGGAGCAUAGAAGCGAUUUUCUAACAGCCCGCGGUUCUACUGAUGCUAUUGAUGGCAGCUUAUUAGAUCAAGAUCCGGAACACGCAGAAAAGAAAGCAGAUUCUAUUUUUUCGUCGGAAGAGGAAGUCGAAAACGAAGAAAAUGUCGAAGAAGGAGGAAAUUUGAAAGAAGAGGCGAUACACGUUAAUUGCAUCUGCAAACAACUUCACGAGGAUAAUUUAUCGCUGAACAAACGUCUCGAUGAGCUAAUGUUGAUGAUGAUGGAAAUGAAAAGUGGCAGGCAGACGGCUUUUGGAACAAAUGCGGAUAGCAGGGCAAAUGAUAGACCAAUUAACUUAGAUGUGUUGCCGGAUGUUUCUGAAAGUCGAAUUUCCGCCGCGGAUACUGAGAUGUAA